AUGGACGCUGAGACUGGCUUGGACGAAGAUGAUGCCGACUUUGAGCCCGAUGACGACGACGAAGAUGCAGAAGACGAUGGGUUGAUGGCCGACAUAUUCGAGGACGGCGACGAGUUUCAUGAUACGGAAGAAGGCAACGUCGAAUUCGUAGUCGAAGUGGAAGAUGCUGCUGCUGAUGCCGAUGCAGCUGGAGGCGACAACGCCGAAGAUGAUGACGCCCCACAGCGGACGAUUCGGCUGAUAGGCAACCCGCGAAUUGCACUUACUCAAAGACAACUCCUGGCGUUUCUACGAGGCACACAUAUGGGACACCUGCUGUUCGACAACGAUGACGAAGAAGAAGGUAUCUGGGGCCAAAGGCGACAGCGGCGCCGGUCACGCGAUCCCAACCGAUUUCCAAAGGUGCCCAGCGACAAAGGUAUGGAACUUAUGAACUCCGGAACAUUCGGGGCGACUGGUUACGGCGGUUCUCUAAAGGCCAAGAAGCGCAUUGCCAGGAGGAUACUAGACCGGGAGAUGGGACUCGGAAACUCAACAGCCAGGAAGAUCAAUCAGGGGCUAGUGGCGCAGUCCUUGUUACCGACCACGGACGCAGAGAUGCAGAUCAACUACGACGAACCUGUCUACUCAGGGCAGUUCUCGGAUGACGGAAACUUCUUCUACUCUUGUGUCAAAGACUUCAAGGUACGGAUGUACGACACAUCAAAUCCCUACAAUUGGAGGCAUUACAAGACUGUGGCGUUUCCCGGCGGCUCCUGGACUCUGACGGAUGCUUCGUUAAGUCCUGACAACAAGUGGUUGGCAUAUACGUCUAUCGAGAGCAGGGUAUGUCUAGCACCGACAGACCCGAAUGACACGGGUGACCCUUACAUGCUUAAUCUCGCUGGGGAUGGGAGAACUCGUUCCACAUAUGGCUGGCGGGGUGGCGGUUUUGGUAUCUGGUCAAUCCGAUUCUCAGGGGACGGGAAGGAGCUUGUCGCCGGUACCAAUGCAAACUCGAUAGUCGUAUACGACAUCGAGACGCGGCAGGUGCUGCAUUCGAUCGAAGGACAUGGCGAUCAUGUCAACGCAGUCUGCUUUGCCGACAAGUUGUCCCCGCACAUCUUGUACUCCGGUUCCGACGAUGCGACCAUCAAGGUCUGGGACAGACGGUCAAUGGGCGACGGCCGCGAAGCAGGCGCAUUUGUGGGCCACGUCGAGGGCCUCACGUACAUUGACAGCAAAGGCGACGGGCGAUACAUUCUGAGUAACGGAAAGGAUCAGAGUAUGAAGCUCUGGGAUCUGAAGAUGAUGUACACCACAGCGGAGUUCCGCGAGAAGAACCCGACCCAGCACACGGGUUACUCGAACUUCGACUAUCGCUGGGGGCCGUACGACGACAACGACUGGUUCCCACAUCCGGACGAUAACUCCGUGGUGACGUUCCGUGGACACAAAGUGCUGAGAACGCUCAUCCGCUGCCAUUUCUCGCCGCCUGGCAGCACGGAUAGCAGAUACGUCUAUUCUGGCAGCCAUGACGGGAAAGUAUGGGUCUACAACAUGGACGCGACUGUGGCGGCCAAGAUUGAUGUGCGCAAAGCAAGCAUGAAUGCCCACGCUUUACCUCCCAGAUGGAGGGCACAUCACCAGAGUAGGGGCUUCCGCGGCUGGUCAACUGUCGUUCGAGACGCCAGUUGGCAUCCUAAUGCGCCGUUCAUUGCUGCAUCCUCUUUAAACGGCUGGGACCAUCACGUGGGCACUGUCACUGUACACUCAUUCAACGAGAACAAUAAUGAUGAAGGGGAACCGCGAAUGGGAUCAGGAUAUACCGACAAGCUCAAGCCGGUCAAUGCAGAUCACGGCUCUGAAUCUUCGGGGCAAUGGGAAGACGAGGAUGAGGAGGAAGAAGAAGAGGAGGAGGAGGAUGAAGAUGAUGAUGAUGAGGAUGGCGGGCUCGGUAUUUGA